ACAACGCCCACGCGUCUGAAUAUUGCUCUUUGAUCCAACUGUUUUCCCUCUUUCUGUCUCGCUUCGGCCGUGUGACCCCAGAUUCGUCAAGCCAGCCUGCGCGUCAGAUACAAUCUGCCGCUAUCUAUGCUGUCCUUGCCUCCGGACGAUCCGGCCGCGGAGGAUACAGUUCCUCCGCAGCCUCGACGCAAGAGGGCCAAGCACACCCGCUCCAGACUUGGCUGUGGAGUGUGUCGCAUCCGUCGAAUCCGCUGCGAUCGCACGCGGCCUUCGUGCGACCGUUGCACCACCACUGGCCGCAAAUGCGACGGAUAUCCUGCUACUACAGAUGACCCCCUGGAGCCGGGUGCUAACGGUCCGGGCGUGUCUCGGCCGUUAUUGCGGGCUCAGUCCCACGCUCUGCAAAUGUCCCCUCGAGAACUCCCCCUCUCCAUCGGUUCGCAGGCGGGCCGGUCUUUACACUACUUUCAACACAACACAGCCCUUGAGUUUUCUGGUUAUUUUAACAGCGAUCUCUGGAACACUCUAGUACUGCAGGUCAGCCGUCGCGAAACUUGCGUGCAGCAAAUGGUAGUUGCCUUGGGCUUACUGCAUGAAAGCUUCCAUCACGAUCAUGGUGCGACCAGAUGUACCUCUACAGCCAGAGCCCUAAGACAGCAGGCUACCAACGAGUAUGCCUUGGGGAUUGGGCUUUUGAAUAGCCACAUCUCUACCCAAGGCUGGGCUAGCCUUGAAAUCACCCUUCUUUGCUCUCUCCUCUGCGUCGCCUUCGAAUGGCUGCGCGGCGACUAUUUUGCUGCCCAAACACACUUGUGGAGCAGCAAUUCCAUCAUGGCUCAGUGGUAUGACAAGAAACACCCUCAGCUCAAUGCCACCUCGUUGUCUUCGCCUAGUGGACAUAUGAUUCGGACGAGGCUGAGACCAGUCUCUACAAGCUUAGUGCUGCAAGCCCGGAGCAUGCCAACGUCUUUAUUACUGCCGUGGAACUCGGUUUUUGGCGUGCAAAGUGAUAUCCAGCCCUUUCAUAGCCUUCAGCAAGCAAGGGACAGCCUCGAUGUGUUAUUGGCCGAUGCUCUUCCCGAUACCGUUACUGAUAGGACCACUGGCCAAAUUGACAGCGAGAGGGUCUGGGAUAUCUCUUGUCGGUUGUCACAAUGGUCACAACAUUUCGAAAAUUAUCUCUCAACGAGUGAUCCAGAGGAAUUAUCCAGCCCCCCUGCGACGAUAAUGAAGCUGUGGCACACCACUGCAAGGAUCCUUCUUACGGCUACUUUGAGAGAUGACGAAGGAAGUUUCGACAGCUUUCUACCUGAAUUUACAGACACUGUUGAAAAAGUAGAAGGACUUCUUUCCUCAUCCUCGACGACAUUUUCUGUCGAUAUUGGAGUAGUCCCUCUGCUGUACUACGUUGCUCUCAAGUGCCGUCACCCUCGGGUCCGACGGCAGGCUAUCAAGAUGCUGGUCGAUUCUCCGCGCCGAGAAGCAGUAUGGGAUAGUUUGGGUGCGGCUUGCGUUGUUCAAGAGGUCCUUGAAGUGGAGGAAAGAGGUCUCGGGGAGGUCUGCAGUCAUCUAGACGUUCCUUUCGCUGCUCGAGUAUGCAACAUGCGUGCUGUUACCGACGUUGAAAAUCGCAGGAUUCGAAUAAUUACUAUGCAGCAAGGGCCUAAAAUCUGGAAUGAAGAGAAAGUUUUGAUAUGGUGAUGGGUAAAUCAAGACUUUGAACAAAUUAUACAUGCCUAGCCUAGAAAUCUUGGUCUGUUUGAGUAACUGCUGGCCUUUGAGUGAACUGGGUAUAUCGUCUGUAUUGUUGGUAUUUCCUUUUACUGUUGAGCUUCUAGUCCCCCC